AUGCAGAUCGAUGGAAAAGGCAGUGGCAGCGAAGAUGGAGUUCUCCAAGCUCCCCUUCUACCAAUUAUCGCUUUUCUAAUCCUCGUUCGUUGGCGACCCUCGAGAUGUAGCACCAGUGGCGGCCACGGUUUCGACGCCCACCUCCGUGGGCCGAGUUUCCUCAUCGAGCCGGCCUCGAGGGUCGAGUUCUCAAACUCGAGCGGCGCGUGGCUGGACUGCGCCGCCACUGGCAGCCCACCGCCCAACAUCGACUGGUCGACGGCGGACGGGCUACCCGCGGGCGACGUGCCCGGCAUCAGGCGGCUCCUCAAAAAUGGCACCCUCGUGCUGCUGCCCUUUCCAGCCGCCGCCUACAGACAGGACGUACACAGCGCUACCUACAGGUGCGUCGCCAGCAACUCGGUCGGCCGGGUGCUCAGUCGCGACGUACAAGUCAGAGCAGUGGUCGCCCAAGCGUACAAGGUGGACGUCGAGGUGAUCGGAGGUGCCUCGCGGGGCUGCACGGCCGUGCUGCGCUGCGUCGUCCCGAGCUUCGUCAAGGACCUCGUCCGGGUCGUCUCGUGGCUCCAGGAGCCCGCUUUCUACAUCUACCCCUCGCUCCAGGGAGACGGCAAGUUUCACCUGCUGCCGACGGGUGAGCUGUUGGUGCACAGUCUCGAGUUCAGCGACCAGGUGCCGGGGUACAGGUGCCGCACGAUGCAUCGGCUGACGCGCCAGGUUGUCGUCAGUUCGGUGGCCAACGUGAGGAUAGCCGAUCAUCGGGGUAUCGUGCCCCCGGUCAUACUCGACCACUCGGACAACGUUUACGUGGCGCAGGACGAGUCGACCUCCCUCAUUUGCAUCGCCCAGGCGUGCCCCACUCCCGAGUACAGGUGGUACGCGCAAACGGGCGCCGAGCCGAUGUUAGUGCUGCCAGGACCGAGGACGAGGCUUUUGGGCCCCGUACUGGCCAUCGAAGCCGUCACGCUCGAGGACAGCGGUGUUUACCGAUGCACCGCCUCUUCAAACGCCGGUGGCGAAGCUAGUGCCGAGCUCAGGCUCGUGGUGACGGUGCCGUUGCACGUCGAGGUGACGCCCGCCCUGUCGAGCGUCCACUUGGGAGGUAGCGCCGAGUUUCGCUGCGAGAUAAGCUCGCAUCCGCAGGCGGGUCCGCACUUUGUCACCUGGUACAAGGAUGGCCGACAGUUGCCGGGCACGGGCAGACAAUCCGAACUCCUGAGGAUCAACAGCAUCGGCCGGGAGGACCGGGGCAUGUACCAAUGCAUCGUCAGACGCUCCGAGGGCGACACGGCACAAGCCUCCGCCGAACUCCAGCUCGGUGACGCGCCGCCGGUGCUCCUGUACUCUUUCAUCGAGCAGACCUUACAGCCCGGCCCGGCCGUGUCGCUCAAGUGCUCGGCCGCGGGGAACCCCACCCCCCAGAUCUCGUGGGCGCUCGAUGGCUUCCCGCUGCCCGCCCACGGAAGGUUCGUGGUGGGCCAGUACGUGACGGUCCACGGGGACGUGAUAUCGCACGUGAACAUCACCCAUGUGGUCGUCGAGGACGGAGGCGAGUACUCGUGCACCGCGGAAUCACGCGCCGGAAAGGUGACGCACGCCGCCCGGCUCAACGUCUACGGUCUGCCGUACAUCCGGCUGAUCCCGAAAGUGACGGCGGUGGCGGGCGAGACCCUGCACCUAAAGUGCCCGGUGGCCGGCUACCCGAUCGAGGAGAUACGCUGGGAGAGAGCCGGCCGCGAGCUACCCGAGGACCUGCGCCAAAAGGUCCUGUCCGACGGCACCCUCAUCGUCACGAGCGUGUCGAAGAUUGCCGACAGCGGGGUGUACACGUGCUGGGCGAAAAACAAACAGGGCCACAGCGCCAGGCGCAGCGGUGACGUCGCCGUCAUCGUUCCUCCUAAAAUAAGUCCCUUCACGGCCGAUCAGGAGCUCCACCUGGCCGAGCGCACGACGCUCACGUGCUCGGUGACGCGGGGCGACCUGCCCCUGACGAUAUUCUGGCUGAAGGACGGGCGCACCCUGAGCUCGUCCGAUCGCGUGACCAUCACCAACGUCGACCAGUACAACAGCAUACUCAUGAUCGAGAGCUUGUCCCCGGAUCAUAACGCCAACUACUCGUGCUCGGCGGCCAACUUGGCGGGCCAGGUCUCCCACACGCAAAGGAUCGUGGUCCAUGUACCACCGCGUUGGACCGUCGAGCCGAGCGACACGAGCGUCGAGCGCAACAGACACGUGGCACUGCACUGCCAAGCCCAGGGCGUGCCCGCGCCCAAUAUCAUAUGGAAAAAAGCCACCGGCGGUAAGUCCGGGGAUUACGAGGAGUUGCGCGAGCGGCCGUACACCAAAGUCCUGAACAACGGCACCCUCCUGCUCCAGCACGUCAAGGAGGACAGGGAGGGCUACUACCUGUGCCAAGCCAGCAACGGCAUCGGCUCGGGCAUCAACAAAGUCAUUCAGCUCAAAGUCAACUCCUCGCCGUUUUUCGCCGCGCCCUCGCGACUAGUCACCGUGAAAAAAUCCGACACCGCGACCCUGCACUGCGAAGUCCACGGUGACAAGCCCAUAAGCGUCGGCUGGUUCAAGGGCGGCAGGGACGAAAUGAACCCCUCGACGAAUUACAGGGUGACGACGAAACAAGAGUCGACGCCCGACGGCGUGGUCGCCCAACUGCAGAUAUCGUCGGCCGAGGCUUCCGACAGCGGGGCGUACUUUUGCCAAGCGUCCAACCUGUACGGCCGGGACCAGCAGCUCGUCCAGCUACUCGUCCAGGAGCCCCCGAUGGCCCCGGGCAACCUCGAGACGGCUAUGGUGGCGAGCCGCAGCAUAAACGUCAAGUGGCAGCACAAGUCCCAGGACACGAGCGAGGUUAGCAAGUACAUACUCCAGUACAAGGAGAACGAUGGUAUGUGGCAGCAGCAGGAGUUGAGCGGCCCGCCCCUGCCUUACGCAGCUCUGAUCGACGAUCUCAAGCCGGCGACGCGGUACACCGUGCGGGUGAUCGCCGAGGGCCCGGCCGGCCGGUCUGUCCCCUCGACCGAGCUGCACGUCAAAACGGAGCCGCAGAGACCGGCCGGGCCGCCUCUCAAUUUGGCCGCCAGGGCGCUCUCCUCGACCGAGAUACUCGUCACUUGGCUGCCGCCCCUGCCCGAGCUCAGGCACGGCGACAUCGAGGGCUUCAACGUUGGCUUCCGCGAGACCACGUCGCCGAAUACGUCGUUUAACUUUACAUCGGUGCCGGGCGACGGGGAGGAGGGUGGCGCUGAGUUACGGCUAACGGGACUGAGGCCCUACACGAGGUACACCCUCAUCGUCCAGGCGUACAACCAAGUUGGACCGGGUCCCCUGUCGGAGCACCUAAACACGCAAACCCUCGAGGACGUGCCAAGUAUGCCGGCGGAGGACGUGAGAUGUGCCGCCCUGACAUCCGAGUCGUUGCAGGUAUCGUGGCAGCCGCCGCCCAACAGCCACACCAACGGCAUCAUAGUUGGCUACAAACUCAAUUACGAGCCGAUCCUCGGGGAGUACUGGCCGAGCAUCGACGAAAUGGAGGUGCGGAAAACGAGCGCCCUCACUGCUGUACUGACGGGCUUGCGAAAGUACACAAAUUACAGCAUCCAAGUGGUGGCGUCUACUCGGGUGGGCGACGGAGUGCCGACGCGAGUCACUUAUUGCCACACACAGGAAGACGUGCCGGGUAGCCCGGCCGACAUUAAAGUUGUCGUGAGCUCGCCAGAAGCGCUCUUUAUCUCGUGGCUGCCGCCUCACGAGCCCAACGGUGUCAUCAUCAAAUACAAUCUACACACGAGGGUGGUGGACGGGAGGGAGGAGUUGAAUCACGGGAAGCGCAUGCUGCCGGCCGGUGACACGUACUUCGAGGCGACGGGUCUACAGCAGCGGGUCGAGUAUCAGUUCUGGGUGACGGCGAACACGCGAGUCGGCGAGGGCCAGAGCUCGAAGGUUGCAGCCCAGGUGCCGACGAAUCGCGUGCCCGCGCGCAUCACCUCCUUCGGGGUGCAAUUGGUGCGCCCGUGGCGCGGCACCGCCAAUCUACCCUGCAACGCCGUUGGCGAGCCGACCAGCCGGGAAUGGUACAAAUCGAACUUGGAACAGGUGCGCACGGACUCGAGCCGCAACAUACAGAUCCUUCAGUCGGGGGAACUCGUUUUCUCGAGCCUCCAGCCCCAGGACUCGGGUAACUACACCUGCCAGGUGGAAAACUCCCAAGGUAGCGACCGAGUGUUUUACGCCCUCGUCGUGCAAGUUCCACCGAGCGCACCUGUGCUCUACGUCUCGAGUUCGACCUCGAGCAGCAUCCUCCUCCACUGGAAGCCGGGCUACAACGGGGGCGCGCCUCUUACCAAGUACACCCUGCAUUAUCGGACCACUCACGGUACCCUCGAGGAGAUGCAGCUGUCGCGACGAGCCACCAGCCACGAGCUCAAAAACUUGCUCUGCGGCAACACGUACCAGCUGUACCUGAGCUCGCACAACAAGAUCGGCAGUAGCCCGGCCUCGCCGGUUCUUUCGGUGCGCACGCAGGGCCAGCCGCCCGGCAUACCACCGGCAGCCGCCUUUCUGGCGCCAAACUCGAGUUCCCUGGUCCUGAGGCUGACCACGUGGCCGGACAACGGCUGCCCCAUCAUGUACUUUGUGAUCCAGUACCGGCCGAUCAACGAGUUCCACUGGACCCUCGUCUCGAACAACGUCAAGAUGCAACGGCGCUUCGUGAUAACCAACUUGGCCUCGAGCUCCGUCUACCAGCUCAAGAUCGAGGCGUACAAUGUGGCCGGCAGCAACCAGGCCGAGUUCACCUUCGUCACCCUGACCAGGGACGGCGCCCCACCCAGCGAACUCUCGGACCACGGUGGUAUGGUCAGCGUCGUCGCCUUUUACGCCGAUCUCAAGUUCAUCCUGCCGUUGAUGCUCAUGAUGGGGGUCCUUCUCAUGGCCGCCGCUACCAUCGGGGCCCGUUGGCGCAACAGGUACUCGGCCGAGCGGAUGCAGAGGCCGAUGAAGGAGUCCCAGGAGAACCAACAGAACGCGGAGACGCAGCGGGAAAGGUACUACGCGACGAUUCACAAGGUCGCCUUGCAGGCCAACGCCGGGGCCCAGGACAAGAUUCCAGAGACGGCGGAGGAUAUCUCUCCGUACGCUACGUUCCAGCUGUCGGAGGGCGCAGGGGCCGGCCUGGGAGGCCUGGCUGGAUUGGGAGGCCUGGCAGGCGCGGCGGAAGUGUCCGCGGCCGGCCUACACCCGAACAACACUCUCCUACACAGUUUCAUGUACCACGAGCACGCGAUGACGGAGGGCUGCGCGAGUCCACCACCCGCGACGACGACGUUGAAGAGUGUGUCGUCGCGUCGACGUCAGGCGCGGAAGCACCGGGCCCAGGGCGACGUGGAGAGCGACGAGAGCGAGUCGGACGCGGAUCAGUUGACGAGCUCCCGGACCGAAUCGUCGAACCAGCUGGACGCGGGCAAGCUCAAGCACACAAGAGGCUUCCUGGAGAAAGAAAAAAAUAAAAAAGUCAUAGCAAUGCAAAUAAAUAACCAGAGAAAAGUUGCAUAG